UGAAACCGAGCUCUCUCUUGUUCACCGGAACUUGCAAAGUUGGCGCGCCUCUACUGCUACUCGAGGAGUGUUUUGUAGCUGAAAAAGAAAAAGAAAAAAAAAAUUUCCAUAAGGAUUUGCACGUGUGCAUUUGGAGAUUAUGUGACAGUUCAUGUAGAUUAUCAUAACGGAGAUUGAAAUGGCGUAAAUCAGUCUGCAGUUUGAGCAAUGUGGAGACUACACUCUGCAGAAUCGGGGACAGGCCCAAUCUCUUUGCAUGCUGGUAAGGAGUAUGUAGUAGGCCGUAAGAACUGUGACAUCCUUCUGUCCAACGACCAGUCGAUCAGCCGUGUGCAUGCCCUCAUCACUGUCACUGAGCAGGCUGUCACGCUGAAGGACAGCUCCAAGUAUGGCACUUUCGUCAAUGACAAGCGGCUAGAGACCGGCUCCACCAAGACUGUUUAUGCUGGAGAUAAACUCACAUUCGGGGUCUUUCAGAGCAAGUUUAGGCUGGAACUGGAUUCGGUGGUGGUGUGUUCAUCAUGUGUUGAUAAUGAAGGGAAAGCAACUCUCUCCAGGGAGGUCCAGGCGCUUGGGGGGCGUCUGGUCAACACAUGGUCUCAGGAGUGCACUCACCUAGCCAUGCCUGCUGUUAAAGUCACCAUUAAGACGAUCUGUGCGCUGCUGUGCUGUCGGCCCAUAGUGAAACCUGAGUUCUUCACUGAACUCUCCAGAGCUGUUCAGCAGAGUGAAAACCUUCCUAAAGUGGAAAGCUUCAGGCCGGAAAUAGAUGAGCCGAGUCUCAGUAAAGAGAAGGUGGACCUGGGACCUCAUCUCGAGAGAAAGACUCUGUUUGCGGGCAAAACCUUUGUCUUCCUCAACACCAAACAGAUGAAACGCUUAAGCCAGGCCAUCAGUUUUGGAGGUGGAAGGAGCCAGCUUUUGGAGGAGGGAUCUCUGCCUGUGUCACUCCUAGAGUCCACAGGAACUUGUGUUGUUGAUGUGACAACGGGAUCUUCCCAACCACUCAUGCCUCCUACCACGAAGAAGUGGGCCGAGUCUGUCGGCUUGAUUCUAAAUAGAAAUUGUUUACGCUUCAUUGCUGAGUCAGAGAUUGGAUUGGCUGCCAUUUAUGUCAAUAAUCAGACAUACUGCAAUCCCUGCUCCUCUUUGGAUUCAGAAUCUGGUAAAAUGAAACCACCAAUCCCUGAAGCAACGCUUUCCCAGAAUGCAGCAGUGGAUGAGACUGUGCUUCAUGGGGCCUCCCUAAACAUCACUGCUUAUGUGGUUAAUACAGAGCCAGAUAAGAGUAUCUGCAGGAAGGACUUGUGUGGUGCCACAGCUGUGGGUGAGACCCCAGAAAAACGCCGUGCAAAUCCGUUGGAUCCAACAACAUCUACAAAGCCGCCACUGGCCACAGAGCCUCCAGCUGCCUGCUCUGAGCCUGUGUCAUCAUUCAGCAGAGUACAAGAAGAAAAGGCAAAAUCAGAGGGCCAGAAGAGUGAUGAAUGUGCUAAAUUCACAGGCUCUUUGAACAACAGUGCCACAAUUAAAAAAUCCCCCCAGAAACAAGCAUCACUCACUUCCUACUUCAAGCCUGCCAACAAAAAGAGGCUGCGUGAGGGCAGCGCCGACUCCGAACUAUCAGAGGCCAAACUAUCCAGACGAGAGGAUGAGGGAAGCAAGGAGAAGAAGAACUCAAAUGUGGCUCCUUCUCUACAAAAAUCCUCUGCCACUAGAUCAGGCUCACAAACAGCCCAAAACCAGCAUGACACAACCCCACGCUACGGUUUCAGUGGCAGUCUUGGUUUGGGUUCAGGUCUUGCUAAAGAUUCUAAAUCAGGUGGCAGGCAACAAAAUCUGAGCCUGAAUUUAGAUUCAAAUUACAGUUCGAAGAAGAGGAAAGAGCCAGAACAGGACCCUGUAGCACCUGCUGAUCUCGACGUUUCUCUGGAGGAGCUUGAGUCCAUCAUGUCUGAGGACAUGGGCGAACCUCUGCAGCCCACAGCUAAUAAGAAGCAGUGUUUUGAUCAAGGGGAAGGAAGCACAGCCAUUGUCGGGGAGGAUUAUAAUGCUACAUUCAGCAAGCAGCAGAGAGCAGAGAAACAGCAAAGCAUAGUCAGUACAAGCCAGAACUCAGAACAGGACAGGCGGAGUUCAGCCAAUCGGGACCCAGAGAGAAAGUCACGGGUCACAUCCAAUAAGACACAGGAUUUGGAACGGGAACAAUACAGUUCAACACACCGAAAUGAUAGACAUGAAAAUUUAGAUGUCAAAGAAGAGGAAGUUUCUUUUCUUUUGGAAAAUAAGGUACAGAAUGGUUCCACCAAACACGGUGAGGAGGCUGCAGUAAAGGAAGAACUCAUGGGCUCGAGCUCAGGCUCUGCUCCUGAGAAAGAUCCUGAACUUCCUAGGAAGCUUUUGCAAGUCCAAUUUAAGUCCCUGACUGUGAGUGCUCCUAGCAGGAUGAGGACUGAGCCACUACAGAGCCGCGAUCCCAAUGGAAAGAAUUUCAAACGCUUCCGUAAGAUCCCUGUUCCUGGACUUCAGGGGUUACCCAAAAUCAUCGGUGGCUCUGAUUUGGUGGCGCAUAACCGCAGCAAAAACUCAGAACUUGAGGAGUGGCUGAGGGAUGCAGCUGAGCAAGAGAAGCAGCAAGAACGAGAGGAGACUCUGGGUGAUGACCUGUUCAGGUACAAUCCAAGGACUACUAAAAGAAGAUGAAGAUUGUUAAUUUUCGGUUUUACUGAUUUGAAUGUUCAAGCAGAUCCCACAGUUUUUAAAGCGUUUUGAUGGGUUACAGUUACAAUGUUCUGAGCAAUUUAUCAAAUUGCCAUUUUGCACUUGCUUUUAGACCAUCAUGAAAGACAUGGUGUGUAAUGUUUCUAAAAAUGGGAGUUUUCACAUUUGGUUAUUUUUCAUAAGCCUUCAUGUUUCACUUACAGCUUUUUCCACAGCUAUCACAAUUACUCAUAAUAAAUAGCACCUAUUAAAAAUCAGUUAUCUCACAAGACCAACAGUUGUUAUGUACUACUGAUAAAGUAGUGUUUCUGAUUGAGAGAUGGCCAGUUUUUGUGGAUGCUUCAUUGAACACUACAAAUACAGCAUGUGGAAUCCUUGCUGUUGAAUACCUGCCCAACUGAAUGAAUGUUUGUAUUUGAAUUGUGGAUUAAAUUUACAUUAUUGUGAAAUAUGUCAGUGAAGAAUAACAUGAAGGCUUCAUGAAAUGCAGUAAAUAAACAACAAGCCAAGCCACCAGCUGUCUAUAUUUUCAAAUGAUCAAGCUUAUAAUUAAUACAUUCCUGGAUUAACAUAAAGCCAAAAAAAAUCUAACAAACGACAAGUAUUUGAAAAGUUUUAUUUAUCCCUAAUAAAAUGAUGUUUACAAAA